CUAAAACUAACGUUUUUUACCCGUACAGAUUUGCCCUUCGCGUAACAUACCCCAUCUGCGUAACAUACCCCAUCCGCGUAACCGUUUUUUCCCCAUUUCGUUCGCUUCCUGAUUUUCAGACUUUCAGUUACGAUGCUUUCCCCUUGUUUUACGCUCCCCUGUAUUAUCUCCUUCCGUUUUCACCGUGUCUUUCUGUAUCAACCAAUCGCUUAUGCCAUAUCUCAUCUUUGCUCUGUCUAUCAUAAGCUACGACCAAACGCAUAUGUUGAUGUGAAGUGUUCCAAUUGUUCUGGUAAUUAUCUAACUGCUAAUAUUAUCAGUUUCUUCAUUAUUCAUCUUCUGUAUUAUCGGAUGUUGUAGAAGAAGGUAGCGACAAUUGAAGGAUAUUUUAAUGUAUUUGUUUUUAUUUGUCAUUGUUAUACAUUCCGAAACCUAAAAUCAUGUUCCAUGUCUGUGUUGAAAUCUGGAAAAUAUGUCAUUCAGUAUACAUAUAUGCGCUUAUCCUUCAUGGUUGUACUCAUGGUCAUCGUUUGACUUGCGCCUGGGAUUCUGUGUUUGGUGUUUUCAGUUGGAAUUUUAAUGACAUAAUCUUGGCAUAAUGUGUACUCGUAGUCAUCAUUUGACUUGCGUGUGGGAUUUUGUGUUUGGUGUUUUCAUUUCCAAUUUAAUGACAUAAUUUUGGCAUAAUGUGUACUCAUGGUCGUCAUUUGAGUUUUGGCUGGGAUUCUGUGUUUGGUGUUUUCAGUUUGAAUUUAAUGACUUAAUCUUGGCAUAAUGUGUAUUCAUAGUUGUCAUAUUGUUUUUCAUUUUAUUUGAACAAUUUAUAUUUAUUUAUCUAGUUAUCCAUAUGGAUUCCAUUGUUAUGAUUAUGCUGAAGUUGGGUGGAAGUUGGACCAAUGACUAUAACUUCAACAGUAACCUCACCUUUGCUAUUCAAGUUCUUUACUCAUCUACAUACAAAGACUUUAUAGAGCAACUUUCUUCCAUAUUAAGUGAUUCUUACAAUGCAACAAGUGAGUUGAAGUUAUCUUACAUGGUUGAUGGUUGCCCUCCACCUGUGUAUAUCAAUGAUGAAGCCAGUUUCCGUUUUUUCCUCAACCUUAAGGUUCUUCAGACUGAUUUCAGCAAGUACCCAUUGUGUGUGGAAUUCUCAAUUCAUGGUUAUACUCCUUGCCCGGUGCCUGCUACGGAAAAUACUGUACCUAUUUAUGCUUCACCAUCUCAUGUUUCUUCUGAGGAACAUGAUAACAUUAGUGGACAAAAAUCUGAUUCCAACUCUUACACUAUUGUUCAACAUGAAUCCAAUCUCACACAAAAAUCUCCUAGUCCCAUUACAAUCAAUGAUGAUGUAUGUCAUAGUCCAUUGUCUUCUGUCAGCCCUUGUCAGUCACCUCCUACUCAUUUACAUUCUACUGAGUCAUUUUCCUUCCAUCAUAAUGUUGAAGUUAUCACCCACUAUCAUCCAACACAGAUCAUGAAGUAUGCCAUAUAUAAUUCUAAGUUUGACCUCAGUCACCAUUUGAAGUUGUAUGCGAUUGAUAAUGGCUUUCAAUACCGAACACUUACAUCAAAGAAAGGGGUAUUGCAUGUUGUAUGUUGUGAUGACAAUUGUAAAUGGGCUGUGAGGGGU